GUUUCGGGACCCACCACGCGCGGCACAACGUCUCUUGUGCUCAGUUGUAUUUCCACGAUUGUCAUCAACACGUGGAAUGCCCUCCACUUAAAUGUGCCCGGGCCCAAAUAUUCAAAAAUGUCCCUCUUCCUUCGGAAACUAAAGUGGAUAGUAGUAGCUCUACUCGCUCCUGAAUACAUUGCCUCGGUGGCAUCAAAAGACCACAUAUUA